AUGAACUGUGAAGUGAAACAUGCGCUGCAUUGCGCGAUUCUUGUGACAUGGAUCGGUGGAUUCGCCUAUUUUUGUGGGGUAUUUAGUGAACCGGUUAAAGGAACUGUGCCCGAUAGUCCUGUUGAAAGGUGAGUUUUAGGCAGGGUGUAAGAAGUAUAGGGGAUCUGGAAUUUCUAAUUUGAAAAUCUAGUUUUUCUUGGCUCAAAGUCUUUUCUAUCUAGAAAAAAUUCCUGUUUUAUUUGCUCUAGAAUAUAAUUUUUCGGCUAGACGAUCUAGAUUUUAGUUACAGUCAAAAGAACACUUCAAUAGUUCAGUUUUUAUAAAAAUUAUAACGUUCCUAGAUUAGAGUUAUGACGUGACAACGAAUUGUUCUUUUUUUAAAUAUAAUUCGAGGUGGAAGUGUAUUUUGAAAACAAGUUGAUUUUAAAAUUUUAAGCCAAAAUUUUCCUUUCAAUAAUUAUUGAACUUUUGAUUUUUCUCCUUCCUGAAUGUUAACAUUUUACGUGAUAUUUCAAAUCUAGUUUUUUUUUUCAAAUGUAUUUUCUUAUCUUCAAAAAAAACUCCCAAAAUUAAUCUUUUUAGUCGAACAACUCUAGUCAAAUUAAUGCAUUAUCACUAAACCAAACCUAAUCUUAUCUGUACCAAAAAAUGUCCGGGAAAACCCAAAAUUCGACUAAAUUUAACUUUUUUCAGCUAUGGAUAUAUUUGGACAGCAUUCCUAUAUUUACUACGUUUCACCGCACUUCUCGUUUUACCGCAAUGUCUUUGUAAUUUAUUCGGGUUAUUAUUAUUUAACGCUUUUCGCGAGAAGGUAAGGUUUUCAAGAAUUUCGAUUUAGAGUUUCCUGAAAUAAUUGCAAAAAUGACGAAUCCGGAGAAAAAAAAACAAAAAUGAUGAGAGAGCGCAGACAGUUUUCACGUGGAAAAAAUUAGAACACGUUCAAAAAAUUGUCUUCAUUCUCUCGUUUUUGUGUGUUCUUUUUUGAAGCUCAAUUUUCGAGUUCUGGUGGUAUUUCACUAAUAAAUUUUUCAGAAGACUGAUUUUAAAGUUACAUAAACUGUUUCUGAAUCUCGAAUUUAUAGAGAUUUGGUAGUAAUUUUGAUUUUUUCAGUCAUGUGCUUCAAAAUUCUCUAAAAUAUUUUUUUCAAAAAUUCUAAAUUACGAAUCUUUCAGGUGCCAUUAAAAGCGGCUCCAUUAUUAUCACCAUUUGUUUGUUUUCGGGUUGUGACGAAAGGCAAUUUUCCGCUCCUUGUAAAGGUAUGUUUGAUUGGACUCUGAUUGGUUUUUUUUUUUGAUUUUGGGAGAGAGUUUGUGUGUGUAUUGUACUGAUAAAAAAGGCGGUGAUUCACUACUGACAAAGAAAAAAGAGAAAGUUAUUAAUUUUUGAAAAUUUUGCGGGGAGACCAAGUGGCUGGAAAAUUGAAAUUGGAAAUUUGGAAGUGUGUUUUUUGAGUUAUGACGUGGCAAAUUCAAUGUUCAUUAUUAUUCAGAAAAUUUUGCAGGAAGUUCGGAAUACUUCCAGGAAAAUCAUAUUUUGGAACGAAAUUCAGAGUUCCCACAAUUUUUUUGACCUCUAACAAACACUAGAAUCAUGAUUUCUCAACUUUGGAAAUGAUUUAUGACGUGGCAAAAUUCGAACUGUUUUCAUGACCUUCAUAAUUCUUGCCACGUCAUAGCUCACUCACGUUUUUGAAAGUAGCACAUUUGCAAGUUGUAGUGUGUUUCUUUAUCAAAAUAUGAUUUUAUGCUGAUAUUUUCCUUCUUCUCACUUCUUAGUUGGCAUUUAUAAGUAUUUCAUUGAUAAUUUGAACCGAUUAUGAUUUAUGAUUACGUGUGCAUAAUUGAGACAAUAAAAGGGUGCGGUGGAUUUGGACCAGAAAAAUGCAAAAAAAGGUUUUUGUUGUGCGAAAACUUGUAAAAUGUUAUCUAAUAGAUCAUUUAUUUAAAAAAAAUUAAUUCGAAAGCUCCGAAGAAAAACUUGAAGUAACUAAAAAAUCUAAGUUUUCUAGACUUCUCAGAAUAUUCUGAAAUACCUAAUUCUUAGACGAGCUGAAUUUAGAAACAUGAAAUAGUAUUUUUACUGUCCGAAAAAAUCGUAAAAUGUUAUCUAACAGUUUGAUAGAAAAAAAUAAAAUUGAAAGAUCAAAAAUAUUCCGAAUUGAAAAAGUGAUCAUCCAAAUUUUCUAGAUCUUCAAAAUUCAAAAGCAUUAUUUCUUGAAUCAAAAAGUAGUAAUGCUUUUUUCCAGGAAAACGUCGAUGAAAAUAUGAAAACUUGCUUCGAAGCCGGAAUGGAGAAUUUCAUCUUCGAAGUCGUCACCGACAAAGCAAUCAAUUUGCCAUCGAAUGCAAGAGUUCGAGAAGUUGUUGUGCCAACUCAAUAUCGAACUAAAAGUGGAGCCAAAUUCAAGGCUCGGGCUCUUCAAUAUUGUUUAGAAGAUGAUGUUAAUAUUUUGCAGGUAGGCUAUUUUCAUGUCUAUUUUUUAUCCCAUGAAAAUUGUUCAAAACUCAGCUUUCCUAAAAUAUUUAGAUGUAAUUUUGAAAAAAAAAACAAUUAGAAAAAAUUGGGAAUAAAUUCUUCAGCCUUGUUCAUAUUUGGGCAUUUUUUCGAACUUAUCAAGAAAUUAUUUCCUAAUUUUAAUGUUUUUUUAAAUUACUAAAUUCGGGGACAUUGAGCAAAUAAAUUUCACGAGUUUCUCAAUAUAAAAAACCCUGAUUAUUUUUCAGCCAACUGAUUGGAUUGUUCACUUGGAUGAAGAAACUUUGCUCACAACAAACGCGAUUUGUGGAAUUUUGAAUUUUUGCGAAGAUGGAAAACAUCAAUUUGGACAAGGUGUUAUCACUUAUGCUAGCGGAGAAAUUGUCAAUUGGCUCACAACUUUGAGUGAUUCAUUUAGAGUUGCUGAUGAUAUGGGAAAACUUCGUUUCCAAUUCAAACUCUUCCAUAAACCACUUUUCGGAUGGAAAGGAUCGUAUGUUGUAACACAAGUCGAAGCGGAACGCGUUGUAUCGUAUGAUCACGGAAUGGAAGGUUCGAUUGCCGAAGAUUGUUUCUUUUCGAUGGUUGCCAUGAAACAUGGAUAUACUUUUGAUUUUAUUGAGGGAGAAAUGCAUGAGAAGAGUCCGUUUACGAUGUGGGAUUUUUUGCAACAACGAAAACGUUGGUUGCAGGGAAUUUUAUUGACUGUUCAUUCGAAAAAGAUUGCUGUUGUUCAUAAGGUUGGUUGUGGGCAUUUUUUAUUAGAACAUUUGGGGAAAUUUUGAUAAGUUUGAUUGAAGUUUUUCGAAAUUGCUGCAAAAUUUCAAAACGAAAAUUGUGCGAAACAUUCUCUUCAAAUUUUUGGAAUCGAUUUUCGCAUUUUUUUUUAAAACAAAUCUUAUCGAUUUUGAGAAUCGUAGAAUCUUGUAAACCUAUAAAUCUUUGACAGUAACAUUUCAAAUUUUCAUCCAAAACACAAAAUUCUAUUUUUUCAAUUUAUCCAAAUUCUCCCCACAUUUUUCAGGCAUUAUUGGCACUUUCAUUAUACGCAUGGGCAACAAUGCCACUCACAUCGCUCCAAGUUUUCCUCUGCCCACUUUUCCCGCUUCCCCGAUGUUUGCCAUUCGAUUUUUGCCUUUCAUUUGUUGGCGCCGUCAAUUUGUACAUGUACAUUUUUGGAGUCGUCAAAUCGUUCUCGCAUAAAUAUAGGUGAGUAUUUCUUUUGAGAAAAUUGGUCCAAGGGAAAAUUUUAAAUUGUUGUUCUCUUCAAAACUGGAUAUUCCAAAGUUCAAAAAAAAUUAUUUUAAAAGAAGCCUUUCUGAUACAUUCAAAUAUUUUUUUUUCGAAAAAUUUGAACUUCAACAAUGUUUGUUAAUGAAGUAAUUCAGAUUUUCUAAGAAAUUCAAAAUUUUCUGAAAAAUCUCGACCAUUCAAAACACCUCUUCUCUUAUUACUCAAUUUCCCCCGUUCUUUUUUUCAGAAAUAGUAUUCUUCGAUUGGCUCUUUAUUUGGCUGGCGCACUUUGCACAAUUCCAUUCAAUAUCAUCAUUGAAAAUGCAGCUGUUUUAGUCGGAAUGUUUGGGCGAAAAGAUCAAUUUUAUAUCGUAAACAAGGAUAUUCAGACGGUCUAA